GAGGCUGGCAGGGGCGAGAGCGCCCGCCCGAGCUGCCCCCGAGAGCCCGCCCGGCCGCCUCUCCUCAGCCGCCGCCGCCGCUCGCCGGGGGGCGCGUCCCGCCCGCCCGCUCGCAGCCGCCUGCAUGACACUCCGCAAGGGGGAGAGAGCGACCAUCAGCAUCCAGGAGCACAUGGCCAUCGACGUCUGCCCCGGCCCCAUCAAGCCCAUCAAGCAGAUCUCCGACUACUUCCCCCGCUUCCCGCGCGGCCUGCCCGCCGCCGCCAGCCGCCCCGCCGCCCCGCCGAGCCGCCCGCCCCUCAGCCCCGCCGAGCCGCCCCGCGACGAGGACGAGGACGUGGACCGGCUCUUCGGGGCGUACGGCGCCAGCGGCCCCGCCGAGCAGCCGGCCCCGCGCCCGGCCGAGGAGGAGGCGGCGGCGGCGGACGCCGAGGGCUACGAGUCCGACGACUGCACUACGCUGGGAACACUAGAUUUCAGUUUGCUGUACGACCAAGAAAACAAUGCUCUCCACUGCACAAUCAAUAAAGCCAAGGGCCUGAAGCCAAUGGAUCAUAAUGGUUUGGCUGACCCAUAUGUCAAAUUGCACUUACUCCCAGGCGCUAGUAAGGCGAAUAAGCUAAGAACAAAAACGUUGCGGAACACUCUGAAUCCCACCUGGAAUGAGACCCUCACUUACUAUGGCAUCACGGAUGAGGAUAUGAUUCGCAAGACGCUAAGAAUUUCCGUCUGCGACGAAGACAAGUUCCGCCACAACGAGUUCAUCGGGGAGACGAGAAUCCCAUUGAAGAAGCUAAAGCCCAACCAAACCAAAACCUUCAGCAUCUGCCUGGAAAAGCAGCUGCCGAUAGAUAAAACAGAAGACAAGUCCCUGGAGGAGCGCGGCCGGAUCCUCAUCUCCCUCAAGUACAGCUCCCAGAAGCAAGGCCUCUUGGUCGGCAUCAUCCGCUGCGCACACCUGGCUGCCAUGGAUGCCAACGGCUACUCCGACCCCUAUGUGAAAACCUACUUGAAACCAGAUGAGGACAAGAAAUCAAAGCACAAGACAGCAGUGAAAAAGAAAACACUAAACCCUGAAUUCAAUGAGGAAUUUUGUUAUGAAAUAAAGCAUGGUGACCUGGCAAAGAAGACCUUAGAAGUCACUGUGUGGGAUUAUGAUAUUGGAAAAUCAAAUGAUUUUAUUGGUGGAGUAGUGUUAGGAAUUAACGCCAAAGGUGAGCGGCUGAAACACUGGUUUGAUUGCCUGAAAAACAAGGACAAGAAAAUAGAGCGCUGGCACACACUAACGAACGAGCUGCCAGGGGCUAUCCUCAGCGAUUGACCCUAAAGACAGGCCCGGGGCCCCGAAGAUAGCCCAGCUCUCUCUCACAACCAGAACCAGGAACAGUUCAUGCCUUUGGACUUCUAGUUUACUUACUACAUUAAAAGGGUUACUAAGUCAGCAAGAAAGAGUGGCUUGGUAAAUUCCAACUGUUGGUCAGGCUGCAGGGAAAUACCACUGAACAAGACACAAUUGAUUUUCUCUGUUCAGUGGGUGCGAUCGGGUUUUCUCCUAGGUGUCUCUGAGCACACACACACACACCCCCGCCCUCUCUCUCUCUCUCUCUCUCUCACACACACACACACACACACACACACACAAUUGAGAGAAAACAGGCCUGCAUGCACUAGAAUUGUGACUUAUUUGCUAACUAUUUGAUAUACUGAAUUAUCUUCUUGCUGCCUUGCAAAAUGAAUGGAUCACUUUUUGUUUGUGUAGCUACUAUGAGCAAAAAGCAUUAUUAAACAUGGAACUAUUUUACUAAGGGGACUGUGCCACAUUUCUGGUUGUCAAUUUCUGUGGUUUGGGCCUGCACAGUCUUUAUGCACUUAAACACCACCUUUUGGAAUGAUCAUCUUCUCCAAUAAUCUAUAAGGACUGUUUGCUUUUCUUUCAGAAAUGUAAUGCUUGUUCUGUCUGAUGAAGUAUACCAGUAUGCUAAAAGGGCUGUGCAGCUAUAUAAGGCAAUAGCUUCCUUGUAUAAGUCGACUUGGGAACAGUAGGCACUUGCAGCCUCACUAGGAAUAAUACAAGGCUUCACAUUUGCUAAAAGAAGUUUUGAUAUUUAAGAAAGAUCAGAAAAUCAACAGACAAUUCCAUUCUAGCACUUACUCUUGCUCUAUUACAGACAGUGGGACUUCACACUAGUACUUCCAUGCAGCUGCUAUUUUUAGGAAACCAUGAAUCUGCCUUUCUUCCUGUCAACUACACAGCUGGUUUGAACAGGAUUAUUUUUCACUGAAACUUACCUUCAGAUUUUACUGUUAGUGCAGACAUUUCAUUCCGGUUAGUGAGAAUGAACAGAACCCCCGAAGAGUUGCCACUAGCUAGAAGGGCAAGAGGCGGCAGACUUGAUGCUACAGUAAGUGCCAUGGGUCAAAUUCUGCCUUUGGUUACAUGCACAACAACCUUCAUGGACUCCAGUGGGCAUUACACAUGUGUAAGGGACAGAGAAUUUGGCUUUGUCUCUUCCUUUAUUCAGCCUUCUUAACAGUGUAUGUAACUCCUAACUCCCCAGGUAGGCCAAUUAGCCAUUCCUCUCUACAAAUCUGUUCUUUGCAUCGGGCUGGCUUCACUCACUGUCCAAAGACUUAGGCCCUGAUUUUUGCCCCACUGACAUCAUUGGUAGGUUUGUGGGCGAACAAACAAUCCCUGGUGGAAUGUGCAAGGGACAACUGCAAGUCUCCGUUAUUGAGAGGGAUCCAAUUGAAUAAAAAGCUAGUUCUAGAAUCUCCCCCUCUACCAAACACACAGCUCCCAAACCAAACUUCUCUACUCUGCCAGUCACACCAUACACUGGAUCAAAGUUUCUUCUCUUUCUUUCAUUAACCACAUUGUUCUAUUUUCCUAUCAUGUCCAAGACAGUUCACAAGUUUUUCUGCAAACACAAGAAGUAACAAAUGAGCUAAACUAACUGCAAAAUGCUGCAUGUUGGCAGAAUUUAUAGAAGCCUUUAAUCCAUGCAUUAUUGAAAAGGUCCAUAGUUACAUCAAGUCUUUACUAUGUAGUAGUUCAUAAACAUGUAUUUUUGGGCUGAAGACCACUUUUUGGGAUCAAUCAGAUCUCUUUAGACCUACAUUGAUUUUUCAAAGUUAUAAUAAUAGUACACCUUGUUAGAUAUGGGAAAACCUUCUUAGGGUCUUUUUAACAUGUAAUAUUUGUAGUGAAUUACGCAGAUAUGCAUGAAUUUUAUUUGAAUGCCAACAGUGUGUCAAGUUAGAUGAUCUCACCAAUUCUCUCUUGCCCAUGUAUACUUUUCCAGCACUUUAAAAUAUAGCAGGAUAGCUAGGGCUUGAUUUCAGAAGUGCUGAGCCCCCACAGCUCUUACUGGAGUCCAUGGGAGCUGCAUGUGUUCAAGGGCUCUGAUAAGGAGGCUCUUAGAAUGGCCAGGAAUAAUAGGGACUCUCCCUUUUUGUCAGUUAUUUUAAAAGUACCAUUUGUUUAAGCAUAUAUUUUGCCAUAACACUAGUUUAUGCCUAAUGUGGAGUGGGACAUAACGUGUGCAUUUUUUCAUUUUGUAUUUGUCUUUUUUAACUGGGCUGUAUAUAUAAAUUGCAUGCAAGAUGGUUGUUGUCAUGCAAGAACUUGUUAAAUGUUUGAUACCAAUGUUUUGCUACAACGUGAAGGCUGCAGUAAUUGUCCUUAACUGCAUCCUACAAGAAUUUUGUAUUUCAGUAUUAUCUACGUGUACUUAUUGUUGGAUUUGUUAAUAUUUAUAAAUAGAACCCAAAAUAAAAAGGAAAAAAAGGUGAAUUGUAAA